GGUUUUGCGUCAAAACGGACUGGAAAGUCUUUGACAUUCUUUUCUCUUUCUACUAUUUUUCAUGAGCUUCAGUGAUGGCAUGAACUUGUUUGUGAAUCGUCACAGGCUCAAUUCCACUUGGGCUGCCACCUCUGUUUCCGCCGUAGCUUCCUCCUUGUAGCCUCUAAAGUCUCUCACUUCUCUUAUAUAAUCAUUGACUCUCACAAAAAUCUCAGAUUUUGUGUUUUUCGUGGCAAUCUACCCUCCUUCUUGAUCACUAUUCCUCUGUUUUCAUAGGUGCUUUUCUAGGCCACCACUUUUCAGAUCAAAAAACCUUCUGUCAAUUGUACUAUUGUUUGUGGUGACUGGGUUGAGUACUGAGUUGGAGUGAGUAACCCAGAACGAGUUCAUGGCGGAGAGCAGGCGCUACGGUCUUGGUGACCAACUAGAUAUUGAGCAAAUACUCAUAGAAGCACAACAUCGAUGGCUACGCCCAGCUGAAAUUUGUGAAAUUCUUCGAAAUUAUCAAAAGUUUCGUAUUGCCCCACAACCUCCAACUAUGCCAGCAAGUGGUUCACUUUUUCUUUUUGAUCGGAAGGUGCUGAGAUACUUCAGAAAAGAUGGCCAUAACUGGAGGAAGAAAAAGGAUGGAAAGACAGUGAAGGAAGCUCACGAGAGGCUCAAGGCUGGAAGCAUUGAUGUGUUGCACUGCUACUAUGCCCAUGGUGAAGAAAAUGAAAAUUUUCAAAGACGCAGUUAUUGGAUGCUUGAAGAGCAUCUCUCACACAUAGUUCUUGUCCAUUAUCGGGAAGUAAAGGGCAAUAGGACAAAUUUGAACCGCUUUAGAGAGACUGAAGAAGCUAUUCCCUAUUCCCAUGAAACUGAAGAUUUAUUUCCGAAUUCUGAGAUUGAUAGCUCUUCGUCUUCUAGUUUUCAUCCAAAUUAUUCCCAAGUGCCUUCACAAACUACAGAUACAACAAGCCUCAGCAGUGCUCAGGCAUCAGAAUAUGAAGACGCUGAAUCAGCAUAUAAUCACCAAACAAGAUUUGCACACCACUCUUUCCUCGAAUCACAACAGCCCAUGGUAGAGAAGAUUAAUGCUGGACUCACUGAUCCUCAUUUUCCUGCAUCAGUUUCAAAUGAUUAUCAAGGAAAAUCUUCAGCCAUUUCUGGGGUAGAUUUUGUUUCACUCACUCAAGCAGAUAAAGUGAAAGAGAGUAAUAAUACUGGAUUAAAAGACCUCGAUUUUGCGUCUUGGGAGGAUGUCUUUGAAAAUGGUACUUCUGGCAGUCAAACUGUGCCUCUUCAGCCAUCAUUUCUGGAAAAACAACCAAAUACCAUUGGAGUCCUUGGAAAAGAAGAAAACCAGAAACUGGGGCAGCUUUUCACCAGCAACUUUGGUGACAGGCAGGAGUUUGGGGGUCACCCACAGGUCCAAGAAGGGUGGAAGACUUCUGAAGGCAAGUGGCCCUUGGAUCGGGAUGUGCAUAUGGAAUCAGUGUAUGGUGUCAUUUCUAGGCUUCAUGAACAAGAUGUUAAUCAGGUCAAUGUACUCAAUUGUCUGGAGCCGUGCUUAGCACAUUCUGAUCGGCAAGAAAACUUUCCUAUGCAAGAUAACCUUCAAGGACAGCUUUCAAAUGCAGAACACGGUUAUUAUCUGGAUUCAGGUCAAGAGAGCAAGGUGACCCUAGCGGCAAAAACGAACAACACUUUUACAAAAAAACCUCUGUUAGAUGGCUCUCUAGCAGAAGAAGGUCUGAAGAAGCUUGACAGUUUCAACAGAUGGAUGAGUAAGGAACUUGGAGACGUAAAUGAGUCACAUAUGCAGUCCAGUUCUGAGGCUUAUUGGGAUAGUGUUGAAGGUGAAAGUACGGUUGAUGAAUCUAGUAUUUCUCCUCAGGUGCACUUGGAUAAUUAUACUCUUGGUCCCUCUCUAUCCCAGGACCAGCUUUUCAGCAUUAUUGAUUUCUCACCAAAUUGGGCAUACGAAGGCUCUGAAAUUAAGGUCCUGAUUAUGGGGAGGUUCUUGAAGAAUCAACAAGAAGCAGAAAAUUGUGAGUGGUCAUGUAUGUUUGGGGAAGUGGAAGUUCCUGCUGAGGUUAUUGCUGAUGGUGUACUACGAUGUCAUACUCCCAUUCAUAAGGCUGCAAAGGUUCCUUUUUAUGUGACACGUUCCAAUAGGUUAGCAUGUAGUGAAGUGCGAGAAUUUGAAUACCGAUUCAAACCUGUUAAAGAUGUGAAUAUUAUGGAUAAUUAUAGUGGCAACAGAAGUGAAAUUCUUCAAAUGCGAUUUGGAAAACUUUUGUGUCUGAGCUCUGCCUGCACUCCAAAUUCUGAUUACAUCAGUCUGAGUGAGGAAUCCCAAUUAAGCAAUAAAAUCAGUUCAUUGCUAAAAGAGGACAGUGAUGAAUGGCAUGAAAUGUUAAAGCUUGCUUCUGAGAAGGAUUAUUCUCCUGAAAAAGUACAGGAGAAGCUGCUUGAAAAGCUACUGAAGGAGAAGUUGCAUAUAUGGCUCCUGCAGAAAGCAGCAGAAGGUGGAAAAGGUCCUUCUGUAUUGGAUAAGGGUGGCCAAGGUGUACUGCAUUUUGCAGCUGCUCUUGGCUAUGAUUGGGCCCUACAACCCACAAAACUUGCAGGUGUAAGUGUCAAUUUCCGUGAUGUGAAUGGAUGGACUGCACUUCAUUGGGCGGCAUUUUGUGGCAGAGAGCGCACGGUUGCUUCCCUUGUCUCUCUCGGUGCAGCUCCUGGUGUAGUGACUGAUCCAUGUCCCAAGUAUCCUUCAGGCAGAACACCUGCUGACCUAGCUUCUGCCAAUGGACAUAAAGGAAUUGCUGGUUAUCUUGCAGAAUCUGCUUUGAGUGCCCACCUUUCAUCUCUUAAGUUGGACACCAAGGAAGGUGAUGCUGCAGAGAUCUCUGGAGCAAAAGCAGUACAAACAGUUUCAGAACGAAGCGCAACUCCAAUCAGCGAUGGGGAUUUACCAGAUGGAUUAUCACUGAAGGAUUCACUAGCUGCUGUCUGUAAUGCCACUCAAGCUGCUGCUCGUAUUCAUCAAGUCUACAGGAUGCAGUCCUUCCAAAAAAAGCAGUUAAAAGAGUAUGGUGAUGAUGCAUUUGGAAUGUCAGAAGAACAAGCUCUUUCUUUUCUUGCUGUUAAGACACACAAAUCAGUACAACAUGAUCUGCCUGUGCAUGCUGCUGCAACACGGAUACAAAAUAAGUUCCGCAGUUGGAAGGGUAGAAAAGACUUUCUGAUAAUCCGGCAGCGAAUUGUGAAAAUUCAGGCCCAUGUAAGAGGCCACCAGGUCAGGAAGAACUAUAAAAAGAUAACCUGGUCAGUUGGAAUUUUGGAGAAAGUUAUUUUGCGUUGGAGACGAAAAGGAAGUGGUUUGCGGGGGUUUAAAUCAGAAGCACUUUCUGAGAGCCGUAGAAUGGAAGAUACGUCUUCAAAGGAGGAUGACUAUGAUUUCCUGAAAGAGGGCAGAAAGCAAACAGAGGAGAGGUUGCAAAAAGCCCUUGCUAGGGUGAAGUCUAUGGUUCAGUAUCCAGAGGCGAGAGAUCAAUAUCGUAGGCUGCUGAAUGUUGUGGCUGAGAUACAGGAAACCAAGGUUGAUGAUAGGAUUGUAAACGGUUCAGAGGAAACAGGUGAUUUCGAUAAUGACCUGAGAAAUCUUGAAGCAUUGUUGGAUGAAGACACGGACAUGCCUUCAGCAAAAUAGAAGUGAGCCUCUGGUUCAUUCUCUUCGCUUGUAAAAAAUCUAUUGUAGGACUGAUAUUGUUGUCAAUGCAUUGCUAGGAUUUGCUAAAAAUUCUCUGUAAAUGAAAAACCCUACCAAUCAUCUAACCAACCUUAUUCAUAUAAAUCAGAUUUGCUAUCUUUGACUUA